CAAAAUGAUGCCAAACAUCUGUAAUCUGUCAAAACAUUUUGAAUUUUUAUUUACCCAACUCAUUUACCUGCAGCCGGUAUUUACGUACUGGAAGUUGUUUAAUUAACGAGUAUUUUCAGAUUUCCAAACAACCACCAGAUUUCCACUAAACCCUUUAACUUAUUUUUCAAGAGUUGUAUACCAACCAAUCACUCGUAUUAUGGCUGAUGAAUUGGAUGUUAUUCCAUCUAUAACAGUUAAGGAACCACUUGAUUUAGUAAGGUUAAGUCUCGAUGAAAAGAUUUAUGUGAAAAUGAGAAAUGACAGAGAAAUAAGAGGACGUCUCCACGCAUAUGAUCAGCAUAUGAAUAUGAUACUAAGCGAUGCAGAGGAAACUAUUACCACUGUUGAAAUUGAUGAAGAAACUUACGAAGAAGUUUAUAAAACUACCAAAAGAAAUAUCCCAAUGCUAUUUGUGCGCGGAGAUGGAGUAAUUUUAGUUUCACCUCCUAUGAGAACUUCAUAAAAUUAAAAUAGUUAGAAGUACUGUUUAAAUAAUUAGGGAAACAUUUAUUUAUGAACCAAUGAUAAAUAAGUGAAUUUAAUAAUUUGUAUUUUAAGAAAUAAAUCUUCUGAAAA